UGUAAUUUUGAAGUGGUCGUUAACUCAAAUUUAAUCCCCAGAGUUUUGAAUUUCCUACUCGCUCGCAGUCGCAGCAGAGGCGGCGACGGCUGGCCGGAGCUUCCAGUGACACGAAGGCAAAGCGUUUAGGGUUCCGAUCCAAUGGUGAAGGCGCUGCAAGGAGGAGUGGGGAGCCAGAAUCUGCCGGCGGAUGUGGCUCAGGUGAUCGAUCAGUUGGAGCGCCACUGCUUGGCUCCCGAUGGAUCUCUCGUCUCCAAAUCCGCCUACUAUGACCUUCAACUCGCGAGAGAAGAGAUGGCGAGAGAAAGAUUGCGUUACUUGGAAUCUAUGGCAAUUUACUGCGAAGCAUCUGCUAUGGUGGAAGAGUAUCAGCAGGCUGUGUCCAGCCUUGGUUUUGGAGGCAUUCGAGACGUCCUAUAUCCACAGCUUAGCUUGAAGAGCCAUUCCCAGGUUUAUGAGACACUAGAACAUCGAUUGGUUGUUGCAGAAGCAGCUCAGAAACUAAGGCUUCCUCUUAUAUCAAAAGAUGGUGAGGUUCAUGAGGAAGAAAUUGAAAAAUGGAGUGUGAUGUCACGAAGCUCCCUAGACAGUACCGGUACCAGUGCCACAAUCAGCUCAAGCUCUAAUUCACUUUAUUAUCCAAAUAGUACCACAAACAGCGCAGGUGCAAUGGGCAGUGGCUUUUCUCCAAGUGUUGGUGAUGCAUUGGAUCCUGGAGUUGGUGGCUUAGCCAAUCAGUAUCUUGGCAUCACCCCAGCUUAUCUAUGGCAAACUCAGCUCCAACAAAUGCCAUUAAUGAUGGACAUGACUGAAUUCCAGAUGUCUUUGUCCUGUGAGAUUGAGACCCGUUUGAAGGACAAAUGUGAUAAGUUAGCUGAUGCUUUUGUUGAUGAUAUUGAUUCUGCAUCUGCUGUUCAAAAUUCAACAGCCUGGCUUCCAGAGAGGGUGAAGUUGAUAACUGAGGAAAUUGAAAGGGAAGAAGGAGCUCUGAGGGAGGACCUCUAUUCCGUUGAUAGAAAAUUUGCUGAAUAUUACAAUGUCUUAGAGCAGAUCCUUGGGGUGCUCAUUAAUCUUGUCAAAGAUUUGAAGUUGCAACACCAACACAAAUAUGAUGAACUACAAACAACUUGGUUGUGCAAGAGGUGUGAGACAAUGGACGCAAAGCUAAGGGUUCUGGAGCAUGUUCUACUACUGGAGACUUACACUCAGGAGUCAAUACCAGCGCUCCACAAAAUAAGGAAAUAUCUUAUCGAGGCUACCGAGGAGGCUUCCCUUGCAUAUAAUAAAGCGGCCACACGCCUUCACGAGUACCUGGGCGUCGACCCCCAAUUUGACACGAUUGCAAGACAAUACCAGGAGAUAGUCAGGAAAUUGGAGAAUUUGCAAUGGACAAUCCAUGAAGUUGAGAAGGACGUGAAGCAGAGCAAGUAGAUCCGCCAUCGCUCCUGUGCUCGUGCUGUGUUGUUAUUGUGCAGUUCUUGGUUGUCUCAAUACUCAAUGGUGUUGUUCCCGCAACAGCUCUUGCUGUCUCCACUUCAGUUUAUUUUUGGUCUUCUUCUUGUGUUUGAACUUUGAACUUUGGUGUUUGUAUAUAGUAAAACGCGUGGAGAACUGGAGAGUUCUUUUUUGUAGGCUAUAACUGGAGAGUUCAGAGUUGCCCGUCCUGGCAUAUUUCGCCUCGUAUUGAAGGAUUGUGAAACCAUAGUACUAUAUCGAAGAUUAUACAGAAAAAAAGUAAUGAUAAGGUAGUUUUUAUUAAAUC